CAAUGGUACAGCCAGCAUCAUGCUGCACAAUGGUUUCCAGGCAGUGAAAGAGCGUGAUUCAGCAAGCCACUCUUUUUUUCAUCUCUUUUAUUUCAUUAUUAUCAGACAUUUUGCCUCCCUUUUUUCUGUUCUGCUCUACCUUCUCCACUAAGCUUUUAUUUAGUUCUUUAAAAGAAAGCAGUGGUUUACCUUGAAUCCAACUGCCUAUCUUUUUUUUUUUUUUUUCUUUGUUAUAAAUAAUCCAUCUUUUCCUCAGCACUGUUUGGAAUGUGAUUCAAAAAUAUUACCUAAAGUUGCAGUUCGGGGGAAAGGUUUCUGGACGGAAGAAUAGCUCGCAAGCACGGAAUGGGCUAGUAUUAGAAACCUGUGCUAGAAGCAGGCCAGACUCAAAUAUCAGCUAUGGCAGCCCAAGCAUGAAGUUGAUGCCUUUGAACCAUUUCCUAUAGAUGAGGCAUAGCACGCGCUGUGUUGUCUUCCACUGGGACAGAGGUGAAACUUCGCCAGGCCACAGCUGUUGAGCAGUGGUCCUCAGAUUUGCAGAUCUCCCUGGGAAAACAUCAGAACAGUUACAAGUGUGUCACCUGGACAAAAUGUAAAACUUCACUGUCAGAAUCUUCUAUCCCUGGUAUUUAUGAGCCGCCAUUUCUUGUAUUAUUGUGGUGAACCUAUUCUGGAUGUGAAGAUUGCCUUUUGUCAGGUGUGUGUUCCUUACAGGUAAAACAAGGGAUUUGGGAAACAAGUGGAUGUGUCAUAUAUUGCCAAACAUUACAACAUGAGCAAAAGCAAAGUUGACAACCAGUUCUACAGUGUGGAAGUAGGUGACUCGACCUUCACAGUUCUCAAACGCUACCAGAACUUGAAACCUAUUGGCUCUGGGGCUCAGGGAAUAGUUUGUGCUGCAUAUGAUGCCAUCCUUGACAGAAAUGUGGCCAUUAAGAAGCUCAGUCGACCAUUUCAGAACCAAACUCAUGCCAAGAGAGCUUACAGGGAGCUGGUCCUCAUGAAGUGCGUGAAUCAUAAAAAUAUUAUCAGUUUAUUAAAUGUCUUCACACCACAGAAAUCUCUGGAGGAGUUCCAGGAUGUUUAUCUGGUAAUGGAGUUAAUGGAUGCCAAUCUGUGCCAGGUCAUUCAGAUGGAACUAGACCAUGAGCGAAUGUCUUAUCUACUGUACCAAAUGCUCUGUGGUAUCAAACAUCUUCACUCUGCAGGAAUUAUUCACAGGGAUUUGAAACCAAGUAAUAUUGUGGUAAAAUCUGACUGCACGUUGAAGAUUUUGGAUUUUGGACUGGCCAGGACUGCAGGCACUAGCUUUAUGAUGACUCCAUAUGUUGUGACACGUUACUACAGAGCACCAGAGGUCAUCUUAGGAAUGGGCUACAAGGAGAACGUGGAUAUAUGGUCUGUGGGAUGCAUUAUGGGAGAAAUGGUUCGCCACAAAAUCCUCUUUCCAGGAAGGGACUAUAUUGAUCAGUGGAAUAAAGUUAUUGAGCAGCUGGGAACACCCUGUCCAGAAUUCAUGAAGAAGCUGCAGCCAACGGUACGGAACUACGUGGAGAACAGACCCAAGUAUGCUGGCCUCACUUUCCCCAAACUUUUUCCAGACUCUCUCUUCCCAGCUGACUCGGAACACAACAAACUCAAAGCCAGCCAAGCCAGGGACCUCUUAUCAAAGAUGCUAGUCAUUGAUCCAGCCAAGCGAAUAUCGGUAGAUGAAGCCUUGCAGCAUCCAUAUAUUAAUGUCUGGUAUGACCCAGCAGAAGUGGAGGCGCCUCCUCCUCAGAUAUAUGAUAAACAGCUGGAUGAAAGGGAACACACUAUAGAGGAAUGGAAAGAACUCAUCUACAAAGAAGUAAUGAAUUCUGAAGAAAAGACUAAAAAUGGUGUAGUAAAAGGACAGCCUUCUCCUUCAGGUGCAGCAGUGAACAGCAGUGAAAGCCUCCCUCCAUCCUCAUCUGUCAAUGACAUCUCAUCCAUGUCCACGGAUCAAACACUGGCGUCUGACACAGACAGCAGCCUGGAAGCUUCUGCAGGACCCCUCGGUUGUUGCAGGUGACUAGCCGCCUGCCUGCGAAACCCAGCGUUCUUCAGAGGAUAAUGUAAUUUAGCAGGAAACAAUAACAGAAAUUAAGAGAUAAAAAGGAAGAGAACUAAAACACAAAGAUCUAAACAAAACAAACAAAAAAAUCUUUUCAGCCUGCUUCUCCUACAGAGUUAUGUAAUGCAGCUAAGCUCAAGUGUAUAUUUAACUUAUAGUUGCUCUGCUUUGGUCUGCUUCCAAUGAUGCUUCCUGGGGAAAAAAGGGAACUGAAAAAUCCUUUAUUUUAACCCUUCCCCAUAAGAUGUAAAAUUAAUGGCUGCAAAACCAGCAACCUGCAACUGUCUUUUACACACUGGCAUGACAAGGUGUGCAGUAGCAACUCGCUACUUUCUGCCCAGUGAGGCAGAUAGGGAUACAUGUAUAUUUUUCUUCAUAUACAAAUAGCACAAUACACACACGUGCUGAUGGAAUUCUGGCAGUGUAUGCAGCUGUGUGCCAGGAAAACACACAUCUGCAUCGGUACUUAGUAUGCACUCUAGAACUAAAUGGGCCCAUUUCAGGUGAACUACGUGAUAUUACCAGUAUAUAUUCUAUUUGUUUGCUCACAGAUGAGGUUGCAUAUCUUGUAGGUCGAUUUUUGGAAGUGUAAAUAACCACACUGAACUGUGGCUCCCUCAGACCCUUGAAGAUGUAGCACCAAAAUUUCUGCUAAGAAUUGUAUAUAUAUUUUGAAUUACUAACCAGCUUGUGUUGAAACAAGACACAGAUCUUCAUAGAGAAAUGUUAGUUUGUGAAUUUUAGGACUUGUUUGGAUUUUUAAAGCAGAUAUGCCAAGCUAUGACCUUGUUAGAAGGAAGCACAUGUAUUUUUGAAAGCUACAGGGAACAAGAAUGAAGAUUUUUUUAUGCAUGCCUAAGUCCAGAAAGAUUUAUCUCAGUGAGCAACUUUUCCUGUCAAGUGAGUUACCGUCUUAGUUCAUAGACAGGCUUACUACUAUGAAUCACAUGUAUGCUUGUACUUCAAGAAGGUAUGACAGGAUUGGUGAAUGGGCAGAUUAUGAUCACAAGGACAUGCAAUAACUUAGUUUUAGUUUAGUUCUUUACUAGGUAAAAUAGAGAAAAGACAUUUGCAGCCCACUCCCUCUCAGUGUGUGUUUGUGGCUUAGAAGUUGUUUUCCCUUUAAAUCAUUCCAUGCAGUAAUCUCUUCAUUUGCUCAUGACAAAUCAUCUGACUCUCCAGGAAGUUUUAUCAGAACAAUAAGAGUGCAUGGAUGUAGCAUUCCUAUAUUCCAAAUAGUAGCAGAGGAUAUCAAUCAGCUAGUGCGCUGGCCUAGAAGAGUUGCAAUCAGCCACCUCACACAGUUUUGACAAAUUCUGAAGAACUCAACAGUGACUGAAUAUUGAAUUGAUUUUACUAGGUAAUAAUAUGUAAUAUUCCCAAUGGUAAGUAACAGCAAGUGUUUUUACCAGAGAAUGGCAAAACUCCACAUAGAAUUUCGGAACAGCUAAAUAUUUUUCCAGCCAAAACAGCAAUUAGCAUUUUCCACAACAAGGUCAUCAUUACUUGAGUUAGAAACUAACUAAAAUCUGAGUCAUUUCUCCUUUUACCAAAGUGUGUCCUGUAAACUGAAAUGAUGUAAUUCACACUCUAAUGCUUUUCCAAAUGUCAGAGAGAGAAACUGUUUAGAAAUUUACUGGAUAUUUUAAAUUCACUAAUUCUUUUGUAUUCAAUAUUCUACCAAAGUAGAACUGUUUUAUUAGGUGGCUUAUAAGUCUGCCAUUCUGUGGCAUGAAAAAAAGUUGAGUAUUAAGUCUGAUUUUGUUCAAAGGGAAGAAAUAAAGAAAAAAAUUUCUCUCCAGGGUGAAGAGGAGGCAAGAUAAAAAUUAAGUGGAUAUAAAAUAUUUUCAGACUUCAUAGGUCUGAGCUCUGUCAAAAUUGCUGUAGGAAAAGUUUGCGGUUUUUUCCCCUGGAUAGAUUUGGUAGAUUUUUAUGGAAUUUAUUUUGAACAAUAAAAUUAGAUCAACAGCAUUAUGAAAACUCAGAGCAGUAAUUUUAGAAGCAAUAAUUAAAUACUGCUAAAAAUCUUUAGCAGUAUUUUCUCUUAAGCCAUGAAACUUCAAUUCAUUUUUGAGUGAUUUAACAUUCACUUCAAAACCAAUGGUCAUAAAAAUAUUGAAAAGUAAACAGCAAUGCUCUGUAGGUAGGAAGGCAAUAACACUAAGGGUGACUUUUUAGCAAUAAUGAAAUUUGUCACCUCCAGGUUUAAUUCUCCAUAUAGAUACAUAGAUACAAACAAUAUUCAGGUAACUAGCAUCUGCUUUACAUUCUAUACUGUGCACCAUCUGGGUGUGUUGUUUAAACAAAACAAAACAAAACUGUCUCAAAGUGGCAAAGCUGUAUGUAAGGGAAAUUGCAAAAAUACCACAAAUGUGGACUGUAGGAACUUGGAAUUAUCACAGUUCAUUGCCAGUGAUAUUAACGGAGAUGUGGCAUGGGCAAUAGCAGAGAAGCCAUUUAUAGUAGACAUAUGCUUAUAGAUCUCCCGUGUUUUAUCUAUUAAAGCCAAAAAAUGUGAUCUUAGUCCCAAGGUAUCAUUCAGUCUGUUUUGGGAUUGUGAGUGCUAGGUGGAGAACCAGUCACCAUGGAAUAUAUCUUAGCUAUCAGCGCUCUAUGGACUCACAACACAGAAGUUAUAUUGCUUUAUACCCAGAAGCCCUGAUCCUGCACCAGUGCUCAUACAAACAUUUAUGGCUGACUACAGGGAUGCACACAUAAUUUUAACUAGCAUGUGCUUUUGUCCUUUGCUUGACAGCAAUUGGCAUCAGCCCGUCCUUAAGUGCCUUGUUGAAAGAGGGCCUAAAAGAAUUACUGCAUCUCUUUGUCCUCAAAUCAGUUAGUCUCCUUUAUGAGAAGGUUCUGUCUAGGGGAGGAUACUUGAGCGGUUCAUGCUGGAAUAGAAAAAAAAAAAAGCCAUCAAUGAAUAAAAGCAAUAGGUCUUUUCUGGUCCUUGUAUGCCCAAACUAAAGCAGUGAUCACUGAACAGAAAUAGCAUCCUUUGUUUUGCUUUGUGGCAGGAAGUUGGUGCUGUAGGCUGAUACCUUACACAAAUGCAUGUACUUAUGAAUAAAAGUUUGCAGUGAUGAUGUUCUGCAGUUUUCUUAAGGUAAACAAUUUUUUCUUUCAGAUUCUAGAAGCUUUAAUACCUUCACUUCCGUUCUAUUCUGCUUUAGCCCAAUGUUCUGUUCAAUUUGAUAAUGAUAAAUGCUUCUCUUAUUUUUCUUGCCAAUAUCUUUUAAAUCUACCUCUGUUUAAAAUGUUAUUAAAUAGUACUUCAGUAACAAUUCUCAUCUCAUUCUCUGAGGUUUUCCAUUGUAAGCAUAAUUGCCACAACUGGAAAGAUGUAGGAAAUUGGGAAGACAGCGAUCUAUGACAGAUGUUCCAAGGUAUCUAGGCACUAUAUACUAAGGCAAUGAGAGACCCUAUGUCAGAAGUGGCAUAACUUCCAUCAGCAAUGAAUAGCAGCUGGACACCUUAGUAUUUUUAAAAACGUGCCUAAGAGCCUAGUGGCAUCUUAAGUGUCUGAAUACCUGAAGAAAUUCUGUCUCAGGUAGCUUAUUUAAUUCAUGUAAAUACCCAUCACAAGGAUGAGGAAAAUGGCAGAAGCAUCUUAACUAUCAGUGGCUGCUCAGAGCACUAGCUGUAAAAAUAUAAUAUUGAGAAGGUAGAGGAAUGUCGCUGCAAAACAUUCUUGGUUUCUUUUCAGAUGAAGUAUUUCUGGAUAGUAUGAGAAACUAAAAAAAGCAGAAAAAAAAAGUCAGAACUGCUCUUGAAAGAACCUUCAUCCUUUUUCUUUCUCACUGAUAAAUUUAAAUUAAGAAGAGGUAUUGAUUUCCUUCAAGUUGAUGCAAUGUUAUGCAUGUCUUCAGUCCAAAAUUUUCUGUAAUUUUUGAAAUCAGUCUUCAGAUACUGUCUUUGUGGCUGGAAUAUUGUGAGUUUUGACAAUAAUCCAUUAAAACAUAAUAGAUCUUUAGAGAGUUUGGAUAUUUCAGUUGGGCAUAGUGAUAUAUGCAAAUCACAUUGUGGUUGAUAAUCCUCCCAUACUAUAAAGAACUUCACGGCAGAUAGAUUCAGGGAUCUUAGUAAGCAUGCAUUAUAUAAAGCAGAGCUUAAAUUGGAGUGCAAAUAUUGCUUUCCCUUGAAACUUUGGGCUAAUGAUACUGAAGAAAUUAGAUUUGUGGCAGUGCCAUUAGGAAGUUUUUCAAAGCAGUGCUACUUAACUGAUUUGGAUUCCAUUCUCAUGUUGGUCAGUAAGCACCAGUGUUUUCUUUUCCUUUAACAUAUUUGCUCAUGAAAAAUAAUGCUAAUAAUGCUUUUAGAACUGCCUGAGAGUCAGUUCCAGCAAAUCCCCCAAAUUUGUAUUAAAAAGAAAAGAAAAGGAAACGUGUUUUGAGUAUUGUAAAAUCAUUGUAAAAUGUAAUUGGAAUUAUUUAAUUCAAAAUAACUUUUAAUAGCCAUUAUUAGCUUAUUUAUAUUACAAGCUUUGCAGUAUUUCAAAAGAUUAAAAAAAUUAGUUUCAGAUCUAUCUAUAUCUCUUUCUUCUUGCUUAUUGAGUUUUUAGCAUUUUGUGUGAAUUUGAACAUGCCAAGACAACAACAACAAAAAAAGCAUUUUGCAACAAAGUGUGUUUUCUUCCAGGGAUAGUAAUAUGAAAGAAAACCCGCAGGGAAGAAUUAGACUUUUCUUUCACUACUCUGGCAAAAAGUCAGAGUUAGUGGUUCACUUUAGUUUAGGCUCUUGUUUUUCUUUGCUUUUGUAUGCAUAUGUAGGAAAGAGGGAGUGCAUAUGGAUGCAGAAGUUAUUUUUAGAACCUGUGUACUAUUCAUAUUAGAUCCAAGAUCUCAGUGUGGAUAAAGAUCGUACUUGUAACAUAAUCACACAUCUUCAAGGAUCUGACGGCUGUGAUUAUUUGAACUUCCACCACUUUACAAAGGACACAGUUAACUAAUUGCAAGCUCAAGGUGAUCUUUUCCACACACACAUACAAAAAGAAAACCAUUGUGCAGUAGAUUUGAAUAUUCCACAAAUAUGUAAUGUCUUGUUUAGUAAGGUGCUUGGGGGAGGCGGGGGAAUGGUAAGUGUGUGGUCUUCACCAAUGAGCUGGAAAACAGACCUACCCAGUGGAAUUUAGUGGAAUCUGCUAACUUGCCAGUGUGGUCUGAUUUUUUAAUUUCUUUUUGUUUUUCUUAAAUUAACUAUUGAUUGCAAUAGCUGAACUGUUUCACUUAAUUUCUGUUCAGUCUCAUCAAACCAUGGCAACUUUCAGUUUUAAAGAGGGUUUGAUUCAACAAAAGAAUGUUGAAAAACAUCAGCUAAGGCUAAUGGUUCCUUUUUACCUAACAGCAAAAAGCUGAAAAGCACAUACUGAAGGAAGACGCAGUCAAUUUGGGAAAUAAAUGUAUCCCUAGCUUGCUUAUCAUUUCAGACAGGUAAACCUGCCUCUUUUGCUAAUUUUCACUGAACAGGGCCGUUAUUGUCUUCUGGAAAGCAAGAUAUUUAUAAUGUAAAUAGUUGUAUUGAUUUUUUUUUCCUUCCUCUGUAACUAAUAUGUAAUAGCCCAACACACUAUUUCUGUUAAAUCUUUUACAGUAAGGCCACUGUAUGCCUAAAUACGGUUGAUCUCCGACUUUUUCCUAAGUCACUCACAUGCUGAAGAGGAGGGUGCUAGAGGUUUCAAUGUACAUAUAGAAUCAUGUAUAUUUAGUAAAUUGAGUAAGUGGGACUUAUGGCCAGUACACAUUAAGCUACAACAGUAGCAAAGCUCCAGAUCUUAACUAGUAAAAACCACUGUUCACCUUGCCAUGUCCAUCCUGUAAUAAGAUCUAAGUUGCAACUGCCUGUAGCUCUGCAUGAUCAGACUUCAAAAUAUACCUAACAAGAUCUGUAACAUAUCAGUGUUGAUAAAGAUGUGGGGAAAAAAAAAAUCACAAGAAAAAAAAACCAAAAAAGAAAAACUUGACCGACAAAAGAAAAUCAAUAAUAGCAACAGUUCGGUGUCAAGACUGGAAGAUGAGACACAUCUGAUUUUGUUGCACAGUUAUAGCUGAAAAGAACAACCAGUAUCAGUCAGCCUAAAUGGACUGCAGUAGUGACAUUUGUUAAGGAACUAACCUUAUUUACAUACUGUUUUGUUCUUACUUGGACCAUUUGUUGUUCCCUGUGUGUAGCACAGGGGAGAAUAGGGCCUCAGUCAUCAGUGUUUUAUGGGUCAAUGUCACAUCAAUGAUUUCUGAUCCCUGUUUCUUUAGCAAUUACUGAACUAAGAUGGGAAUCUCAUCUUCUUUUGUGUGUCAAAAGGAAUCAUGUCAGAGCUUCCCCAUGAGGAUACUCUUCUCACUGCUGUCUCGACUCCUGUCAGUUGAAUGACUUUGCAGCACUCCCAAUAAACAGCACAACACAGCACACUGUAUUGAUUGAAGGAUUCAUUACAUGUGUUUUGUCCAUCUGUACUUUCACAGGGGCUCAAAGUCACACAGGGACAGGACUUAAUUGAAAUAUGGUAUGUACUCUAUGCAUGACGCUUAUAUUACAACUUUAUAGUGGUAAAACUGCUGAUCUUUGUAGAUAUGGAUUUGGAUCACCUCCUUUUUUGGAGGAAAGUUGUAGUGAACCUUGGUCCUUAUCCCACAAGCCACUCACUCCAAUCCAGAGUAGCUAAGUGGAAGUUAGAGCAGUGCAAGGGUCUUCUGGGAGGCCCUGCACAGGGGUGAAUAUCAUGCUGUUUGAAUGUGAUCUUGCUGAAAAAGCCUGUAUGUCCAGCAGGGGAGAUCGUGACUGCUCUAUAAGGAGUGUUUGUGUUGUUUAUUUCAAAACAAGCUUUGCUAAUUAAAAUAGUGUAUUCUGAAGUCCUACUUGAAUGGCAUGAAGGAUAUCAAUGAAGAAGAAACAAAGUCUCCUCUUACAACUCUCCUGGCUUCUUGUUUCUUUUCCUUCAGACCUCCCUAGAUGACACAGAUAAAGCUGUAAACACGUGGAAGUUGUUGGGAUACUAAGGAGUUAGUGCUCCUUCUGCUAUGCUUCAUAGGCUUAAUCCUCUAUACUAGCACUCAUUUAAGAAGCAUUUGCAGUGUUACAGAAAUGUAAAGGAAUCUUAAUGUAUGUGAGACUCGGGCUUUUUGUAUUAACUAGCUUAAGAGUUUAUUUCCCAAUAUGACUUCAUAAAAUAUUGGGGGGGAAAUGACCACAAAAAUGACUGGACAGAAUGAAGAAAAACUGCCAGGCAAAAGCUAGUCACUCUCCCAUCUCUUCCUCCAUUAAAAAAUGCAAACCAAAAUCAAGCCAAUAACAAUAAAAACCCAACCCAAAGGAAAACAAAACAAAACCACCAUACCUACUGCAGUUGUUAUUUGGGGGCUGAUUUUUUCGUGAAGAUUAACACGCUUCACUCCAAAUGAAAAAAAUAACGAAAAGAAGAGGGGUGCUGCCUUUGGAAAAGAUUACUAGUUUUCUCAGUUCUUGCAUAAGUUAUCUGUGCCCAUAUUGCCAAGCAAGUCAAACUAUAAUACACAAAGGACAUUUUCACAUUUGGAUUUAUUAUGUGUAGAGGUGAAAAGAAUAAUCACAAACACCCUUCUAUCAAAACAGUUUGAAGGGGGGUAGCUACAGAAAAGAAUGAAUUAAAGCACAUUGUAAGCACCGUAAAGAACAAAAUUCUUAGUUGUUGGUACUUAAAUUCUAUUUCAAAAAUACUGUGCAGAGCUAGUACUCUUGCUCUGACUUGUUAAGACAGGACAAUUUUUAAGGUCUAGUUUUCUCACAGUUUGUAUACGCAGAGAUUGGCUAAGCUAUAACAUAUGAUACCAACCUCUGAUACCUCUGAGUAAUUUUUGCUUUGUCGUUCUUGCUGCAAAAUGGGAAAGCUAGGGACCAGCUUUCUUGUUUUACUGUGUACCUAUCAAGACAAUUGAAGAAUAAUCUUUUUUUUUGAGAGAGGUUUGCCCUUUUCAGGAGUCAGAAUUUUUAUGACCAUAUUUCCGUGCUUUACACAUCAUUGAGUCCACAUCUGAUUUAGCUCCAGAUAGUCCUAAAUUCCACAGAACUUGAAGUUGUAUUUGAACAGGACAGGUCUAUGUCCUUUAAUGCUCCUUGGUAGUCAAUUGAAGUACAUUUUGCAGUAACAGAGCACCCUUGGAAUUGUUCUUCAUCAGCUUGCAUGAUGGCCUAAAUAUCUCUUGUUUGGUACGGAGGGUUAUGUGUUGCAUGCUGAUGAGCUAUAACAAUUGUGCUAAAGGAAGGAGAUCAGAGUGUCUCUGCAAAACUCCUCCCUCUUUGCUUGAGGCAAAUGAAUGGGAUGAAGGUCAGUGAACUACCUUUGCGUUCAAACUGAUGAAUGUUCGCUUUGGUGUUGUGAGGCCCAUUUAAACACACUGAGACCAGUUCAUUUUACAGCAUAUAUGCUGUCGUAAUCUACGUGUGGGAGUCACUUUCUCGUUUGAUGGCAGAGUUGAAGUUUCACUCUUCUUGUGGAGCCCUCUGCUGGAGGCUCUUUUUGGUUCUGUUCUUGUGUGUGCCUAGAAAGCAACUGUGUGGGCUCCAUUCACUACCUUGUGGCUGGGACUCUCUUCAAGUACAGACAGAUAAAGACCAAGAUUAUCUUGCUUUUCAAUGUGGUAUCCCUCUGUAAUGGUAUAGUUUGGAGCCCGAACUGUAAAUUUGCUGAGCCUCCAAGCAAUCAUGAUAAUUGGUGUACCUUAAGGAGACAGUUAGGAAGCAGCUUAAAUGAAUACUGAUUUUCUAGUGUAUUUGUCUUAUUAUGAAAUUAACUGCUGGGAAGGCGUAAAUUUUGUUUGUCUCCAGAUGUUUCUGUAUGAAAUUCUGUCCGCGUUCCAGGAACACUUAUAUAUGGAAUAGUAAUUAGUGUGCUGGAGAAAACAGCUCUUUCUGAAUAUGUCUAUUUAAUGGAUAGGCAGGGUCUUUGGUUAAGUAAGCCCCACUACAGGGUGUGGCUGAUUGUUGCUGUCUGGAAUAUUUUAGCUUUUCUUGCAUCAUAAGCCUGGAACUAACAAUGGGGGCUUUUAACAUUUCUCUAGGCUAAAUUUGCAAUGUGUGAAAUUAUUCCCACCUCUACUUAGCAUCUAACAUUGGAGAAUAAGGGGAGUUAUCUUUGAUUCUUACAAAUUAAUGAGGCAGAAAUUAUAAAGAAGUAGCUGCUGCAAUAAAAUACCCUUUUCAUUUACCGGAACAUUUAAUGGUUUAAUCUGUGGAUGAGGUAAAAAGCUGUAUAAUGACCUCUUCCUGUCAAUAGCCCCAGCUAGGUCAAGACAUGCCUGAUGUUACAAGUUUAAGCUGUGUUAAAGAUUAGGAAACUGAUGGCAGAUACUAGUCUUUAAGUCUUGAAUUGUCAUAGAAAAUGUUUAGAAAAUUUACCUCCGGAUUUUUUUGUCUUGGAAGAUAUAUCUAUGUCAAUGCUUUGCUGGAUUUGUCUUCAGCAUUCUCUAGAUGAUAUUCCUACUCUUGGACAAGUCUUACCUUUUCAGUUCAGUUGUGUCCACUUAGAUGGGAAAGGAUAUGUUUUAAGUGUUCUCAUCAAAAUGCUUAAUCAUAGCUAGAAUAAAAGUUCACUUUUGGAGGUACGUCACCAGAAGAUGCUGUUAAAAGUGCCGAUCCUAAGCCUGUUUUCCAGAAAGCAGUCUGUCUUUCAUGGAAAGAUUUGUUAAUGUAGGUGUCCAGGGGGAAUGGAGACUUUUUCUUAAUGUCAGCUCAAUCCAGAAUUGACAGGGUUUGAACACAGACAAAUUUGGCAUAUGUACAAAAGGCCUCUCUAGUGAAAUUGGAAGUACUCUAGGGCCUGGCUUGUAACUGUUGACUGAAGGCUGAAGCUCUGGCUUUAAAAUCAAUGAAUGAGAAAUAGUCCAGAAAUCAAUACACUGAAUUUCAGAGUUCCAAGCAGCCAAAACAUUGCCAAAAUUCUUCUUCAAAACCUUAAUGCCAUGUAUUGGAAUACAUAGACGAGAAUGCAAAGCUGUGCUCUCAGGGAAAGAGUGCUCUGAGAUUUUUGAUGUUUAUCUUUCUGAAAUGUCAGUUAGUUGAAUGAUUAUUGUGGUUCUUUGCACAAAGGAAAAAACAAAAUUUUGGUAAUGUGAAACUCUCUCAUCUUCUUUUCACCAGAAAGGAAAAAAGUAACAUCUCCUUGAACAACUCUGCAACACAAUACCAUGCUGGUGAUUGCAUGUGAGUCAGUGGGAGAAUGCUAGGCAGGUUUCAGCACAGAUGCAUUUAUCAGUUUAACUUUUCUGACUCUGUUUUGUCACACGCACAAGACAGAGUUAGUGGACUUUGCAAUAAAAUUACAGCUUGUAUUGCUAAAAUAAUUUAUUUGCCAACAAUGUUGUGUGAUUUCUGAAAUAUAUGAAGGAAAUUUUCAUUUUCCUUUUGGACUGUAAGUGCUAGUGCAAAUUGUCAGGAUAACCAAGCUGUCCGUUAUUUUUAGUAUUCGGUUUUUAAGCAGUUAGCACAAAGUUGAACAUUCACAUGCACUGCAAAAAUUCACUACCACUGCUACAUAACACUGAAUCCAGAGGGACUGUUAUUCCAUAUUCAAUCUGCAUUGUGCUGCAACCACAGGUCCAUCCAGUAACUAAGGAGAAAAAUAAAACAAAUCAAAGUGUGCAUGGAAAGAGGUUUUUUUUUAAGCUGAUGGAGAAAGGCAACCAUGGUUAUUCCAUCUUCUGCUCUGUGUUAAAUCAGAUCCCUUAACUCAGGUUAACGCUGUGCUCAUCUUACUCCUUUGAACGCAGUAUCGCAGAGCUGUACACUCAGCUCCCCUCACCAAGGAAGACGCACGAUGUAGGUGAAGAGUGCCACCUUAAGACAGAAAGGUACUGAAGGCUGCGGCAAGAGCAAAAUUGAGCAAACCCUUCAGCCUAUAAAUCACCUGCUUGUUUCAUUUCUCCUCCAGCUAUACUGACUCUGGAGUUCAUAGUGUACUUGAUGGUCCAGAGUAUUUCUUGGGCAAAGCAUAAUUCUACAUUUUCAGUAAGUUUUUGCUAAUUUUUAUCCCUUUUCCAGUAGACAUUGUGUAUGAAUGUGUGUAAAUCACUUCCUGCAGCGCAGAAGAUGACAAGAAAGAUGGCCAAAUGAGCAGAAGUGAAGAGCAGAUGGUGGUGGGACUAAACUGAUUUUGGCUCUGCAUAGAUUUGGCCACCAUCAAUCUUCUAAAAACUAUUUGGUGCCCUAGCAUUAAAAGGCCACAAAGAAUUUAGGGAAUUACAUUUUACGAAUUUUCAACUAUUUGGUCUGUGUCCAACUUGAAAUUACAAUGCAAAAACUUCUUCCAACAGAGCAUACAAAGACAAGUCCCAAACUGACAUGCUGUAUAUCACUUUUCUUUAGAUAGCUCAGCCAUCAGACUGCAGUACAAUCGGACUACACCAUCAUGCUAGGAAAUUGCUUUGUGUUCUUUUCUUAUGCUCUGGUUGAUUUCUUUUUUUUUUUUCAUUUUAUGUCCAUGUUAGCAGAAAAGCAUUCUCUGAAGCAGACCUUAAAUAUGCCUUCCUUGAAUUUCUGGUGAUAUUAAAAACAAGAUGGAGCUUUCUGACUUGCCACAGUAUCUUUUGGAAUCUGAACAGAACCUUUUUCUGGUUAAAUUGCUACAUUUAACACAAAGCAAUUCCCAAGCAGGAAGAUAUUGCUAAUCUCUGUUUCCUGUUCUGUACGGAUUCCUCUCUGGUGGACUCUCCCCUGAUGGUGUAUGGGCUCUCUCCAGCCAUUCCACCUAUACUUUCUGAGGUAGUAUGGAUUGAAAUAAGAAAGGUAUGUAGUGAAAAUGGAAAAAAGCAAUUACACAUCUGUAAUGGAAACUGUUUCUUUUAAAAAAAAAGAUUCCCAUGGUGUCUGAAUCUGUCAUUGACUCCGUUUCCUGUUUUUCUUGCUUUGGAGACUGACAAGUCUUUACGUCUAGUGUGGUGUGUACUAGCAACACCUGCUUUGUUAUCCAGGAACAAUCAAAGAAUCAUAGAAUGGUUUGAGUUGGAAGAAAGAUUUAAAGGUCAUCUAGUCCAACCCCCCUGCAGUAAGCAGAGACAUCUUCCACUAGAUCAGGUUGCUCAAAGCCCCCUCCAACCUGACCUUGAAUGUUCAAGGAUGGAGCACCUACCACCUCUCUGGUAAACCUGUUCAUCUGAUUGUAAAAAAUGUGUUUCUUAUAUCUAGUCUAAUUCUACCCUACUUUAGUUUACAACCAGUAACUCUUGUCCUAUCACAACAGGCCCUAAUAAUGAGUUUCUCCCUACCUUACUUAUAGGCCCCCUUUAAGUAUUGAUAGAGUGCAAAAGGGUCUUACUAGAGCCUUCUCUUCUCCAGGGUGAACAACCCCAACUCUCUCAGACUGCUCUCAUAGAAGAGAUGUUCCAUCCUUCCAAUAAUUUUGUGGUGCUCCUCUGGACCCACUCCAACAGGUCCAUGUCUUUCUGUGCUGACAGUUCCAGAGCUGGAUGCACUACUUCAAGUGGGGUGUCACCAGUACCACCAAACUAUAGAGAGAUCAACCUUGUCAUAAUGUAAAGUAGUCCAUACCUCUAUAAGAGCUUCUUUAGCGGUGGAAACAGUCAGGAGUGGCAGCCUGAAGUUGAAAGAAAUCACACAUUCCUACUGUGACUACUGUGACUACUGUGACUACUUCUUUAGUCUAAACUUUCCUUCAGAUCUAUACAAUUGAACCUGAUGCUCCUGCACAGAGAAAACAUUACAACAUUUUAGAAAGCAUUCAACUUGCCAAGUGAUACAGUUUGUAUCUUAUAGUUUUAAGCUCUAGUGCGUUUAUUUGUUAGGAGCUACUCCAUCAGCUCAGGAAAUGAGCUCUUUUAAAGAUAAUUGUAUUCAGUAAUUAUCACCUGUCACAGAAGCUACUUAAAAUGAUGAUUACAACCAUAUUCCUGCUACAUUGCUUGUAAGAAGAGUAUUUCAAAUAAAAUAAACAAAUGUUACUGCAUCAGUACUGCAAUCUUGCUGUGAGGAGCUAAUGACUUUGCACUUCAGAGUGAAGUACAUGCAGGGAAUUAAUAUUUUCAUCGAUUUCAUGUUGUAGGUGAUACACAGUUAAGAGGCACCAAACAGCUAUGUAAGUGCAUAUAAGGGCUGUUCUUUUUUCUUCACAAAAGAUCAUUGAGUGGAAGAGCAGUCAGAGCAAUUACAACGUAGAAACUAACUGAAAAGUCACAAUUAAUU